CGCGUAACCCGUAACGUGCAGAGCGCAUAAGGCGAUCCUCCAUUCAGUAGCUUUCUGUGUCUGCCUGCUGUCGCAGUCUGCGUGCCCAGUUCGCGAGCCAGUCCGCACGGUUGGACACUGGGAGCCCCGGCUAGCUGUUGAGCCAUGGCGUGGUGGUGGUGGCCCUUGGUGCAGCUGGUGGUGUGGUGCUGUGCUGGCGUGCUAGGGGUGCUGUGGUGGCUGUGGCUCACCAGACUGCGUGUGGACCUGCCAGGGCCGCCCACAGUGCCCAUCCUCGGCAACAUUCCGGAAUUCCGCGAGGUGCCUGUCAAAAUCCGCAACGCGCGAGACUUGCACCGCGAGUAUGGAGACUUGAUCAGGUUCUACUUGGGGCCAAAGUUGGUGGUGAUCGUGCUGCACCCAGAUGAUGUGCAGCACGUCUUGCUAACAUCAAAGAUGGUAGACCGCACAUACUUCGUCAGACGCGUGCUCCGGAUCUUUGGCGGAGAUGGUUUACUCACCCUUGGCGGUCGCCCAUGGAAAUUUCACCGAAAACUGAUCAACCCUACAUUUCACUCUGAGCUGCUGGAGGGAUUUCUGGAGGCCUUCCACGAGGGCGGCCUCUACCUGUGCGAGCGCCUUGCCAACGCUGGAGGCACCGCCACCGAGAUCUACAAUCCAGCACUCAAGGCAGCCCUGCGGAACAUUUACGACACCGUUAUUGGCAUCAACCAUGACCUGCUGUUACCAGAAGACGUAUCGGAGGAUGAUAUGGCUGUCGCCAUGAGUGAUGCCAUGAUUUCCAUAACGAGUAUGCUGACGCGGCCGUGGCUACAUAGCAAGUUCGUGUUGAAGCUGACCUCCAAAGGUCGUCAUGUGUUCAAGAUGAAGCGGAUGCUAGAGGAUGCGACCAUGAACUUCAUCACCAUGAGGUCAGCGACCACAGAGGAGGGGUUUACCAGCAAGCGCCUGAACCUUGUGGACUCUCUAAUUAAGCCAGGAGGGCAGCCAGUAAUGCCACUCAGCGAGAUUCGGGAUGAGAUCAUGAAUCUGGCGCUGGCCGGCACUGAGACGACGGCCGUGACAAUGGGCUUCGUGCUGGCUCUGCUGGCCCUCCAUCCAGAGUGGCAGGACGCAGCCCGGCAGGAGCUGAGGGAAGUCUUCGGCCAGGGCGGCGACUUCCUGCGGGCUGCCAGCGCCGCUGACCUGGGCUGCCUCAAGGUGUUGGAGAGCAUCGUAAAGGAGACGCUGCGACUGUUCCCAGCCGUCCCGAUGAUGCUUCGGGACGCCACGGAGGACCUCUGGCUAUCGAGGGUGGGGGUGCUGGUCCCCAAGGGCACCACAUUGACUUUCAUGCCCUUCAUCACCCAUCGCCUGCCAGAGUUCUUCCCGGACCCACAGAAGUUCGACCCUUCACGCUUCUUGGAGAACCGUGGCGGCAAGGAGCACGUGUGUAGCUAUAUACCAUUUGGGGUAGGUGCACGCAACUGCGUGGGUUCCCAGUACGCCCGCCUGCAGCUCAAGGUCUUCCUUUCAAAUGUUCUGAGGCGCUUCCGCAUCCUGCCACAGAGCUGCCGGGAGGAUCUGGAGGAAUGCAUACUUACUGUCAGCCAUCAGCCGGUUAAGCCAAUCAAGGUCUCCUGCGUGCCCCUGCAUGAACACGGCACAUAAGAAUAUCCUUCACACUGCUGAAGUGAAGGUCUUCCUGACCACUACCAUGAGGCGCUACUGCUUCCUACUACACGGACACUUUGUGGAUCUGAAGAACAAUGCACUCUACAUCAUUCAACACACAGUCAAGAUGAUCACGUCUCUGGCAGGCCUCUGUGAGUGCCCAGCACAUCGGACCAGCCUCAACAGAACUACUGACAAAUAUCACAAGGCCGUUUUCAUUCCUACCACAUAGGUGCUGGAAGGAUGUGGAGGUCAACACUUUCCCCACCAGCCAGCACACUGUCAAGACGAUAUUGGUUUACCACGUGAUCCUGCAUGGGUCCAGCGCACAGGACCGCCCUCUGUACUGCAGAAGCUGAAGGUUUUAAAGGCCAAUACCCCGAGAGGCUUCAGCUUCCUUCUGCAGGGCUGCUGAAAGGACAUGGAGGACAAUGUUCUCUCCACCAUGCUGCAGACCAUUAUGUAUGAACAACUUACGACUUUCUAUGGUCAUGUGUGUCUUCCAUGCUGUAAUAUCUCUGCCUGAGAAUCCUUCUAAACCUCCAAAAUCUGCAUAAAUUUCCGCAAAAAUCGCUGCAGUUAUCAAAGUACUGCCUCCAAAAUCAAAAUGACAUCCUCUAAAUACAUCGCGACCUCAGAUUACUUCUUUUUCAUUUGGCACACUAGCAACUUCAAUAGUAAUUGCUAUCAAGCUCCUCUAUACAGGGACGUAUGGUCGACGUGUGUUCAUCCCAUUAGCAUUGCAGAGGUCUGCUAUCUUAUGGGCAUUUUGAUUUUUCUGUUCUUGUAAUUUCACUUUUUGCAGGUGGUUUUUGGAUGACUAUACAGAUAGCCAUGUAGAUUUUUGAGGUUUAGAACAACUCUGUUUUUAGUGUCAUUGACGAUAAGAAGGCAUACCUACAAAUAUCUGUGUGUCCAGGACACAUUCACGAAAUGGCCAUUAUCACGUUUUUCGGUCAUAUGUCAUAUGAACUUGAGACAAACAUGCUUUAUUGAUGGUUUACUAUUCAAGUUCCCAUUCUAUUACAUUUAUCUUGACGAUAUUUUAAUUUUAUCACUGGAUGAUGUCUUCCACGACUUACACCUCAAGCAAGUUCUUGACACGCUCUUCCUUGGACAUAUCGCAAAUGCUUUGAGCACCUGUCCCACACCAAAAUGCAUAGACUAUUCAGCAGCUGUCAGCACUACAAAACUACCAGGACGUAUGUUUGUUCUUAGGCGUGAUGAGUUUCUACAGAAGAUGUCUUCCACAAGCAGCCUCCCUCCAAGUAUCGCUAAUGCAAACCCUCAGCAGCAAGAACACCAAUGGCAAACACAGACUCACGUAGAAGAUAGAGAUGCAAUCCGCUUUUGAACUUAUUAAUGAGGGCCUUAUCCAGCCCAUUACCUUGGCACACCCUCUCCCUGAUGCACAGCUGAUCUUAACAGCAGACGUAAGUGACCCGGCUAUUGGUGCUAUGCUGCAACAAGAGACGGGGGUCAUCCAACAGCCACUCAAGUUUCUCCUCGCUGAAGCUCAAGCCAUCACAAAACAAGUGGUCUGCGUAUGACAGGGAACUAAAAGCACUCUAUGAAGCAAUGCACCACUUCAGGCAAGGUUUAGAAGGGCAUCCCCUGAUUAAUUACUACAUUGAUCAUCAUAUGCUUGCAGGCUCUAUUCCAAACCCGCCGAAGAACCAAAGCCACCAAUGGUUUCAGCACUUAAAAUACGUUGUUCAGUUUAUAAUGGCUGUCCACCACACCUGAAAGACGCGGAGAACAUUGUGACAGACUAUUUCUAGCAUAUCAGCAUUUUGUGCUCUCACCUCGACUACAAACAGUUCGCUGAGGCACAACAAGAUCAACAGUUACAAGGCCUCAUUCAUGACCUGUCCACAAACCUAUGCAUUGGAAUUAGAUGAAUCCCAGGUGCGACUCACCCUGUGACGUCUCACAAAAUUGGACACGCCCCCUUGUUGCUCAAGAAUUCCACUGUCUUCUUCAAAAAAACUUCCUAAUUUGGCACAGCCCGGUACUCGGCCAACCAUUCACCUGGUGUCAGACUGAUUAGGAUGGCCUGACAUAAAGAAAGACUGUAAACUAUGGGCUCACGCAUGUGUCCUGUGUCAACAAACUAAUCACACCACAUCACACACAACCACCUUAAGGUCGCUUCGGAACACAAAAAAAGUGCUUUCAACACUUACAUAUCGAUCUCGUCGGCCUACUACCUGUCUCCGAUGGCUAUCGCUACAUUCAUUUGGCGAUCUAUUGUGUGAUGGGUUCAAGCUAUACUGCUAAAAGAGGUAAUGACUCAAUCUACCACCAAAGCAUUCACUGAAAUACAGGUCUCGUACUUCCGCUGCUUCAGUGACAAGGGCUGGCAGUCGAAUUUCCCAUCUUCCUGGAACUUUCUCAUAUGACAGGCACUAGGAUAUUUCAUAGAAUCCACAAAGCAGUGGUCUUUUUGACCGGUGGCAACACACAUUAAAGGCAGUCCUCCUUUCCCACAAAAGACUACUUACUCAGCCACCACCAUGGGUACUUUUGAGAGUCCACACAGCACAAAAACAGGCCGUUUCAGCCUCAUUGGCUGAAAUGCCAUAUAGUGAAGCUAUAUCCUUGCUAUUGGACUUUGCGCUCCAAGAGCCGUCAGUUAUGCCCGCAGAAUAACCUGACCUAGUCUCUUGUGUCAGGGCACACGUUGCUCACCUCCAUAUGCCUCAGCCGCUUCUCGGUGGACAAAAUCUUUCCACAUAAGGCACUUACAGAGUGUUAUUUCACAAUGUUACGAGAUGACACAGUACAACCUCUCCUGCACCCACCAUACUCGGGCCACCACAAGACGUUUCGAAGAGACGAUCGUACCUUCCACACAUUAUUGAAUGGUAAACCUACAACAUUGUCUGUAAACAGACUGAAACAAGACAGCUCACCAGCCGAUAACACUUGCCAAGUUCUCCCCUCUGCUACACCUUUAGACCCUCCCACCAUCGACGCUGUACCGUCAGCCUUUGAAUUAUGACUGGACGCCCAAGUCGUCCUCCCAAAGAAAAAGACAAUGGCAUUCUCAUACAAAGGUCACCUCGCAGCCCACCAGAUUGCAAACGGCCCCAUCACAUGGCUCAUCUGCAGACCUGUCAAAGUACCACACGACAUCGAUAUUGCUGACCUCACUCACACUUCACUUCACACAGACUACCCCACAGUGCUCCACACUGUGGGGUAGAGAGGAGGGGGGGGGGUUGGUCUCUGUGGAAACACUGUGUCGACCACCAUUGUCGCUGGUUCUUGACCGGCACAUCACAAAGAACUCUUUAAUUGUUAGUCUGCCUUAGAAAUUUGUUAAGAUGUCUCUGACGUGUAUGUUCCUUUCAUUAAUAAAGUAUAUUAUACAGA